UGUUUUUGUCGUUUCCUUAUUCUUUUUUUGUUUGGGGGUAGUGGAGAAUUUUGUGAGGCUGUGGUACUUUCAUUUAAGGGAAAAAGCACACUGAUUAUUUUUGGUGUUGGGAUGUGAGGAAAAAGUAUAGUAUCAGUUUGUGUGGUUCGUGUUGUUUUGGAUUUUGCUCGGCCUACACUCUCUCUCUCUUCCUCUCUCCCUCAUAAUCUCUGAUGCUGCUCUCCUCUCUUGCUCAUAACUCAUCUCUCUCUCUCUAGAUAUAUCUUUACUAUGAUUGUAUGUGUGGUGGAGUUUUAGAAUUAUCAACUGUUAAGAGAUUCGUAUGCUAACUCUAUAUGAUCAACAGGCAACUAGCUGACUCUAAUUCUUUUGCGGCAUAUAUUGGUUAUUAUUUUAUGGGAAUGAUGUUCUCUUGAUUCCGAAUGGCAAAAGAAAGUGUUGAAAUCUUGUGGAUCAAGUCAUUGUGCAAUUCUUUAUGUUUGUGUUUGUAUCCUGGAAUUCAUGUAAGUAUACUGAUAGUGAGAGGUGGUUAGUUAUGGAGGGCUCAUCCGAGUCUGGUUGGGAGAGGUCUGAUAGCUCUAGGGGUUUGAAUUCUUCAUUCUUUAUCAGAAAUUCUAGGAUUUUGAGGCCAGGUGCUGUCAGAUUUUCAGGAGAUAAUAGUAGCCAUGAUUCUGUCAGGAAAGGGAUGCCUUGGACUCAUGUCAAUAGCCAUAGGGCUCUCCUUGUCGGGGCUGAGGCAGGUGGGCUGGUUGCCCGCCCUGCGGAAUGCAACGAUGUUAGUUUGAGGAAGUGGUUGGAUAACCCGGAUAGGACUGUGGAUGCCUUUGAGUGCUUGCAUAUUUUCUCUCAGAUUGUAGAUGCAGUGAACUUGGCUCAUUCACAAGGGAUUGUAGUUCACAAUGUUAGGCCUUCCUGUUUCAUUAUGUCCGCGUACAACCGAGUGUUGUUCAUUGAGUCUGCCUCUUCCUCGGAUUCCGGCUCGGAUUCCCCCGAGUAUGGAUCAAACAGCCAAAGGGCUGAACUCAAGGGUUCACCUUCGGUUGUGCCUCCUGUGUCGCAGCACUCUAGGAGUCAGUCGGGCGUGCAGGAUGCUAAUCUUUCUAGGAACCCGGCCUCACAGAUUAACUCUGCAAGCAGCUGUUUGCAGUCGAGUUCAGGCCAAGCUGUGCAUGCUCAGGAAGGUGCUGCCAAUGAGCGAACAACGGGGUACAAGAAGCAGUCGUUUCCCAUGAAGCAAAUAAUGAUCUUGGAGUCCAAUUGGUACACCACUCCAGAAGAGGUUUCUGGUGAUCCGAAUUCGUGCGCUUCAGAUAUUUAUCAGCUUGGUGUCUUAUUAUUUGAGUUGUUUUGCACUUUUAAUUCCCUGGAAGAGAAAAUCUCAACUAUGGCAAGCCUGAGACACCGUGUCCUCCCUCCACAGCUUCUUCUUAAGUGGCCUAAAGAAGCUUCGUUUUGCUUAUGGCUGCUGCACCCAGUGCCAAGUAGCCGGCCCAAAAUGAGCGAACUAUUGCAAAGUGAGUUCUUGAACGAACCUAGAAAAGAGAUAGAAAAACGUGAAGCAGCCAUAGACCUUCGAGAAAUGAUAGAGGAGCAGGAGCUAUUGCUGGAAUUUCUCUUGAUACUGCAACAGAUGAAGCAAGAAGCAGCUGAUAACUUGAAUGAAACUAUGUCACUUAUAUCCUCUGACAUAGAUGAAGUCACGAAACUGCAGACCUCUCUCAGGAUGAAAGGAGAUCCAAGCAUAGAGUUGGGUAAGAGUUCAGGGCCAGGUCCCAAUUUAAUGAACAGCGCAGAUGAUGAUGAUUCUGGUAGCUCAGGGUCAAGAAAGAGAAUCAGACAGGGCCUUGAUACGACUGCCCCAGAUGACUUAGAAGAGCAUGCAUAUAUAAAUCAGAAAUCCGAGAUUCGAGGAAGCUUUCUGUCCAAAAGUUCUCGGCUGAUGAAGAAUUUCCGUAAAUUGGAAUCAGCUUAUUUUCUAACAAGACGCAGAUCUGUAAAAACAGCGUGUAGGUCGUUGGCAAGACCAUCUCAAGUCAGUAGUGAUGGCAGAGGAGGGUCUAAUAUAGCAACCGAAAGAAGUUCCAUUAGUAACCCAUCGUCAAGAGAUCGGAGCAUUGAGCAAAAGCCAAAUGGAUGGGUUAAUACAUUCCUAGAAGGAUUGUGUAAAUAUCUUUCCUUUAGCAAGCUAAAAGUUAAGGCAGAUUUAAAGCAAGGAGAUCUCUUAAAUUCAUCAAAUCUUGUAUGCUCCCUUAGUUUUGACCGUGAUGGGGAGUUUUUCGCGAGUGCUGGUGUAAAUAAGAAAAUCAAAGUUUUUGAGUACAAUUCAAUCUUGAACGAAGAUCGUGAUAUUCAUUAUCCAGUUGUUGAAAUGGUUAGUAGAUCGAAGCUUAGCAGCAUAUGUUGGAAUAGCUACAUUAAAGGCCAGAUUGCUUCGAGUAACUUUGAAGGUGUGGUGCAGGUAUGGGAUGUCACAAGGACUCAGACUUUCAUGGAAAUGAGAGAACACGAGCGACGUGUUUGGUCUGUUGAUUUCUCAGUGGCAGAUCCGACAAUGCUGGCCAGUGGCAGCGAUGAUGGUUCAGUUAAGCUCUGGAAUAUCAAUCAGGGAGUAAGUGUCGAUACCAUUAAGACAAAGGCCAAUGUCUGCUGUGUUCAAUUCCCCACAGAUUCCGGUCGUACUCUUGCAUUUGGCUCAGCAGAUCAUAAGAUAUACUAUUAUGAUCUUCGGUCCUCAAAAAUGCCAUUAUGUACUCUCGUUGGGCACAAAAAGACAGUGAGUUAUGUGAAGUUCAUCGAUUCAACAACUCUUGUCUCAGCCUCUACGGAUAACACACUAAAGCUCUGGGAUCUGUCGACGUGUACUUCAAAAGUUCUUGAUUGUCCCAUGCAGUCAUUCACAGGCCACCUGAAUGUAAAGAAUUUUGUUGGCUUGUCUGUAUCGGAUGGUUAUAUUGCCACCGGCUCAGAAACAAAUGAGGUUUUUGUCUACCACAAGGCCCUCCCGAUGCCUGCACUGUCGUUCAAAUUCAACAGCACAGAUCCACUGUCCGGUGAUGAAGUGGAUGACACUGCCCAGUUCAUCUCAUCUGUGUGUUGGCGUGGCCAGUCCUCCACCUUAGUAGCUGCAAACUCCAUGGGAAAUAUUAAGCUAUUGGAGAUGGCUUGAUUCCUAUUAGAACCAAAUGGUUGAAGUAGAAACAAAUUUUUGCCUUAGUUGGAUAUAUAUAUAUAUAUAUAUAUAUAUAUAUAUAUAUAUAGGGGUGUGUUAGGGUCCUUACAGCAUCU